AACGGCACACCAAAUAUAUUGAUUUUAUUUCAUUAAAAAUUACAGUGACAAUGUCAACGUAACAAUUUCUACAUAUAAAAAUUAUGAAAAAUGCAAAGGUUGAAAUAACACCACAUCACCACCUCUAGGAUCGCCGAAGAGAAGUAGCUUCAUCGUUUCACACAACUUUAUUACCUCCUGCAGGUUCUGAAUUUUCCCGAGAAGAGUGCUCCGUCUACUGUUCUACGAGGAUGUUUAAAAAAUCUUUCAUGCGGAAUAGCAUUAAUAAUGGUGCAUAAUAAUGAUCUGAUGGAACUGCUGGUAAAACAUCCUCCCAAUGACCUACGUCACGAUUCCACAGACGAACCAAACACACAAGGAUUCGACACUUCUUUAGACGACAGUUUCUAAUAUAUGGUGAGCUUAAUGUAGAGAAAUAACCACUGAACUCCAGUUGAAAGACAUCUGAGAGUUUGAGAAAAUUGUACGACCUUAUCGGUCUCCACGUCGAGGGAGGACGUUGAUGUUACUGGCGAGAGACGUGAGACAAUGAAUGACAAUGACAAAAGAAAGGAAGAAAAUCAUAUUGAAAAAAUUAAAUAAAAUUACUAUGACGACUUGGUUGUUUAUUUUGAUUAUUGUUAAAAGGAACAUGUUGUAAAAGUUUAAAAUAAAGUUUUCGUUUGCAUUAUCGAAGAUUAUAGUGUGCCCAAGCAGUCCGGCUUUGAGUGAAGACGAUGCUUUAUCGCGGCAACAGCAACUCGAAUUUUUCGCCGUAUUUAGCAUUAGAAUUUUAGUACACAUCUUAUGUAAAUACCGUCAGGGGAAAUGCAGCAAAGGAAUUAAUCGACGAGUAAACUAAACAAUCGGCAGUGUAUAUGCGCCAAUAGCAGCUAUGCACAUGAAGAAGUCUCGAUAGUUUAAUGUUUAUAUGGUUUAAAGUCAAAAGUUAAGCACAAUUCAAUUUUUUGGUCGACCGAUAGUAAGUCGCUGUAGUGUGCUUACUUCAAUACAUGCUUAUUCACAUUAUGUGCCGAUUAGACUAUUGUGCGAAUAAGUCUCUUGUCUGCGGAGGCUUUUAGAUUCACUUAACAAUAAUCAAAUAUUUCUUUUUUGUUCUGAUGGAAUUUUUAAAAACUUUAUACUGUUUGUGUGGCAACACUAUUUUCAAACCCAACCGCCAAUCUAACCGCGGUCUGUCAUUUCGUUUCUAAAGUACUUGGCUGGAUUAUCCACACUCGUGCUUUUUAACGAUUUUAUUACUCAAAACUGCGAUUUCGACACACUACGUUUUUUAUAUUCACCUAAAUACUAUAGACUUUGGAUUUUUUAGUAAUGGCUGAGCAGCAAGCUGUCCCCGAUCCCCGUCACCCCGAGGCUCCCAGGCCACCUGGACUUCCUCUUGUAGUGGACGAUUUCAAUGAAAUCGUUCCCUACAAAGGGAACUCGAGGUGGUUUUCUCGGGAUAAUCACUUUUAUGUGGUCAGUCGCUCGAGGGGGGCCUCGACAACCAUGAGGUGCGCCAGCGACCGGUGUCCAGCGCACUGGAUACUGCGGAAUGGGAUAGCUGGACCGACGAUUGGGCAGCAUAAUCAUUCCCCUACUCCCUGGGUGCUUAAUCGCAAUACAAUGUUCCAGGAACUAAAGAGGAGGGCUUCAGAGGAGAGUAUUCCUCUGAAUGCCAUAUAUGAGGAAGAAGCUGCCAGAUAUCCGGACGCUGCAUCUCACCUGCUCUACGAGAGUGUGCUGCCCUCGAUGCGGGAGUGGAGGAGAAACUCACAGCCGGCUCAGCCACGCACCUUGGAGGAAUAUGCGGUGGCCUUAUCAGGCCACCGUUUGUUAAGUCCUGCUCUUUUCGCCACUGUGUCGGUGGCGGAAGGAAAAGCUGUCAUAUUAGUUAUGCGCGGUUUCGAACGUUGCAUCGCUGACAGUGAAGUGCUAGUCAUCGAUGGAACGUUCCUGACUGUCCCAGCUGGAUUGAAUUGCAACCCAAGGCUGCAUGUUUCAUUACGUGCAAGCUUUGGUGAGGCAGGCACGACAGCUCGGGUUGCAGGCGCAGCAGCGCCAGAGCGCGGCGCACCGGCUUGUGUCGCUGUACAGCACGCUGGCGCUCCUGCCGGCCUAGCCGAGUUGUCGCACAUCGCACAGCAGGAAAGGCUUCCUUACAAUGAAGACUUUCAUAAUUACUUUGUUGCGCAGUGGAUGGCACGCGUGGGCCCAGAAGGGUUCAGCGUUCAUGGUACUGCUCAUCGCACAUCAAACGUCGCAGAAAGUUUCCAUGCUUCUCUGCGACGGGCUCUUGGAGCCUCUCCGAAUGUUUGGAGGUUUACAGAUGUGCUGACACAGAAGUUCGCCGUAAGCGCGUCUCGCCUGGAGGCGUACCGCCGCGGGGAGCCUCUGGCGCGCCGCAACCGGGAGCGCCUUUAUAUCAGGACAACUGUUUUGAGAAAUAACACGAGGGCACUCGAGCAAGGAGUUAUCUCCAUUCGAGAGUUCCUCGUGCAAACGAGCAGAUUGUUGGACGUAGGCGUUGAGGCUGUUGUAGAUAACGUCCCAGAAUUCGCUCAAGAAGUUGUCAUUGCAGACAACAUUGAGCAGGUAGCACCGGAGGUGGUCCAGGCUCCUAUUCUGGAACCCGCCGAUGUCCUGCCCGCGUCUCCCCCCCGCCACGAUAAUGAUCGCGAACCUCAACCCCUUCGUUGCAACAUCUGUGCGACUAACCCACUCGAAGUGGUGUUGAUCCCAUGCGGUCACACGCAAUGCCAACCUUGUCUGGACCGUUUGUUUGAAUUAAAUUAUGAUGUAAUUUGCCCAGUCUGUCGCUCUGACGUUCAAUCUUCGAAUCGAAUUUUUUUGUAGUUUUUUAUACAAUUUUUUGGUCGUCAACCACCGCGUUAAUUGACAAGUUUGGCUGUAGCUUUUGUGCAUGCUGUAGUUUUUUAUUUUACUAAUAGAUAUUCUAGUAUCUACAUUAAUUUGAUUUUCAUUUUCUAUUGCAGGUGGCGGUAAUGCUAGCGAAGAUUUUGCUUUUUCUCACUUUCAUAGCCUUGAGCUGGCGGGUACGGGGGGACCCGCCAGCUCCCACUAAGGGCCGGGAUGAAGGUGCACUAUAGUUCCGGUGUGCCUUUCCUAAGGUAGUUGAUCCAGAUUCAUAGUGGUGAUACAUCAGGGUAUCUCCAAUACCAUGCGUAGGAGGAACUAGAGGUGGUUUAGUGGGUAUGCUUCCCUUCCGGAAGAGACUCCCACAUAACUAAGUGUUUCCCCCGAGGCACUAAGUAUGUUUAAAACAUUAACCUCUUAAAAAAAAAAAAAAAAAAAAAUUGUAAUUAGUUUUUGACGUCAAAGUUAGUACAAGUACCGUAGUUAUCGGUACUUGUACUAACUUGUACAACUUUCCCUAUAAUAAAUAUUCAAAAUAAAUAAAAUCAUAUU